UUGGAAUAUUUUUAAUACAAAAAUGUUUAAAUGUGCCCAUAUUUUGGGGUGCCUUUGAAACUAUAGUAAUUAUUUUACAGCUCUUUGUUUUAAGUAAUUGGUUAAUCUCAGUCCUGUGUCUCUUUACUGUUAAACUGAGAAAGCAUUUGAUCUGAGUGAGUUUUUGUGGCCUGAUACUUGGUUCUUUUUAUUACCUCUUUCUAUAUGUAUGUGUGGUUUUUUAAAACAAUCUCUUUUUUGGUCCUAUAAAGUAUCCUUAAUUUUUCUUUUUCCACCAGAAUUAGGUGGUGACUGUGUUUUCAGGAAACAUCAGGUCAAAACAUUUGGUUUUUAAAAGUAUUUCAGCACAUUCCUUACGUAGUACAUUCUUGCAGCUGCGAGCUUUCCCCUCCUAACUUUUUAUUAUGGAAAAUUUCUGUAUGAUAGAAAACAAAUGAGAAAAAAAUUUGUCUCUGAAAUACCUUUUUUCUUUGUAUUUUGUGUCCCGAUUCUGGAUCAGCAUGUCAGUUUCAUCAGCAUUGUUGAGAGAAGAAAAAAUGCCGGCGCUACCUCCUGAAAUCAGAUUUGAGGCUUCUAAUGGCACCAGAAAUUCCCUUGACAGUUAUUUUCUUUUUGAGAGUAGCUGGAGGAAGGCAGUCAUAGAAACACAGAAGUUGAGAAACGAAUACACCAGAGCAUUUGGUCUAGAAGAGCCCAAAGGACAUGUCAAAAUGCCAUAUUUACCAGGAUUGCAAAGUUGCCAAAAAAGUGUGAGUUCAUCCCCACCAGUUCCUAGCAGAGGGCGGGGAGCUGACACCCAGAUGCCUCCAGUCAGCCACUCUGGGGAGGACAUGUCGAGUUGCCUACAAGUGUUUUAUUCUCCUCUGCAUAUUGCCCAGCGCCCUGUGAAGGAACAGUCCUGGCAAAGCAGGAUAAAGAAGACUAAGGAGCCCUGUGCUGUGGCACCACUCCCGGAGAGAGCAAAAGGACUCUUAAGGCGUUCUAAUUCUUCAGUCGAUUUGGAUUCUGGCUUCAGCGACCCUCUCGCUGGAGCACCAUCCCACUACUUACAGAGACUUUCCAAAAUGGCCAUACUGGAGUAUGACACCAUUCGUCAGGAAACCACCAGGAAGUCAAAAAAGGGUAAGCGACGAGAGCUGCGAGACUGCUGGUAACUCACACGGCCUGACGCUUUCUUCACUCACCUUUGAGGCUUAUACUUCUCCCCUUUCCUUCUUUUUCUUUCUUUUUGAUAUGUGAUAUGAUAUGCAAUGAUAUAUGUAACAAUGGAAAUGUAAAUAGGAAAUAAAUAUUUUGUUACAUUCAGAA